UUUAAAAUCAUAACAUGGUGUCAGAAGUUAAAAAGUAAAACUUAAAAAAAAAUAAAAAUAAAAAUAAAAAGGCCAAAAUAAUAAAAGUAAUGUCUAAAUCGGAAGAUUUGAAAAAUUUAGAAAAACAAAGUAAUAAUUUACAAAUAAAUAAAAAUUCAAGAAAAAUGAGUGAAUUUAAACUAAAUAAUAUUACUCAUAUGGAUUUUACAUCCACAAAUUUGUCAGACACGUGGAAAUGUUGGAUUCUACAAUUUCAAAUAUACUUGACUGCUUCAGAUUUAAAUGGGGAAUCUGAUACUAGAAAAGUAGCAAUGUUUUUACACUCACUAGGACCAGAUGCCAUUCCAGUAUUUAAUUCAUUUGGUUUAAAUUUGGAAACAACAAAAUAUGACGAAAUAGUCAAAAAAUUUGAUGAAUAUUGUUCACCGAAGAAAAAUAUUGCUAUGGAAAGACAUAAAUUUUUCACGCGGACGCAGCAACCGGGUGAAACUGUAACUGAAUUCAUUACAAAUUUAAAAAAUUUAAGUAAAUCUUGUGAGCUAGGAAGUUUACAAAAUGAUAUAGUAAAGGAUAUAUUCAUUUGUGGGCUUAAUAUUGAACAUCAGAAAAUACGCGAUAAAUUAUUGCAGGAUGGUAAUAUUACUUGUGAUAAAGCAUUGGAAAUUGCAGUUUUAAUGGAACAUACAAAAAGCCAGGUCAAGCAGUUGGAAAAUAGUUCAAUUUUAAAUAUAUCAAAACUUACAAAAAAGCCAUAUAUGUCUACAGCACAACCACAAUACUACAAAACUACAAAUUCGAACAAUUAUUAUAAAAAAGGUAAUUUCAACGGUUCUUCAAAGUCACAUGAAAGUCAGCAACGAUAUGGUGAAAAUGCAGAAACAAGAAAAAAUUGUCAAAGAUGUGGUCAAAAACAUAUUCAUAAGUGUCCAGCAGAGGGAGUGAAAUGCAGGAAAUGUGGUAAACUAAAUCAUUUUGCUAAGAUGUGUAAAAGUAAGUUACAAGUAAAAAUUUUAUCCAAAGAAGAAAAUUCACAAUUAUUUUUAGGUUCAUUAUACUUAAAUUUUGUUUCAAAUAAAUUAAAUAAUUUAUGGACAGAAAAAAUAUUUAUUAAUAACAAAUUUGUUGAAUGUUUAUUGGACACAGGUGCUCAAGCUAAUAUUUUACCUUUGAAUAUUAUCGAAAUUUUGAAAUUAAAUAAAAAACUAAUUGAAAAAACUAAUCAAAAAAUUAUUUCUUUUACGGGUGAAAAUAUUAAAAUAUUAGGAAAAUGUAAAUUAAAUUGCAAAAUAGCUGAAAAUAAACAUUCAAUUGAAUUUUAUAUAGUAGAAAAACAAAAUUGCUUACCAAUUAUUGGUUUAAAAACAUGUAUUGAACUAAAUUUAAUUAAAAAAGUAUACACAAUUAAUGAGAAAAUGCAUAGUAAAAAGCAUAUUAUUUUAAAUAGAUUUGAUGAUGUUUUCUCAGGUUUAGGUAGGUUGCCAGAAAAAGUUCAUUUAAAAAUAAAUCCAAACGUAAAACCAAAAAUAGAUUCACCACGAAAAGUUCCUUUCAAACUUCUGGACAGAUAUCAAGCUGAAUUAGAAAGAAUGGAAAAUCUUAAAGUUAUAACAAAAGUUUCUGAACCAACAGAAUGGGUAAAUUCAGUAGUUCUAGUAGAAAAACCCAAUAAAACUCUAAGAGUUUGUUUAGAUCCUAGAAAUCUAAAUGAAGCAAUAAUGCGUCCACAUUUUAAAAUACCAAACUUCGAUUAUAUAAGGUCAAAAUUAGCAGGUUCAAAAUACUUCAGUUUAUUAGAUGCAAAUUCUGGUUUUUGGAUGUUAGAAUUAGAUAAAGAAAGUUCCUUUUUAUGUACUUUUAAUACUCCAUUUGGAAGUAUUAAAUAUUUAGGUCAUAUCUUUUCAUCGCAUGUUAUUUCAUCAGAUCCAACCAAAAUUGAUGCGAUAAAAAAUAUGUCGACUCCUAAAUGUGUGAAGGAUCUCCAAAGAUUUUUAGGCAUGGUAAAUUACCUUGGUCCCUAUAUAAAAAAUUUGUCAAUUGAGACUUCUAAUUUAAGAUCGUUAUUGAAAAAAGAAACUGUUUGGAACUGGAAUAGUUCACAUGAAAGUGAAUUUAAUAAAAUUAAAAGUUUAUUAUGUAAUUCUCCAAUUCUGGUUCAUUUUGAUCCAAAAAAGGCUCUUACACUUUCAGUAGACUCGUCAAAAGACGGAAUGGGUGCAGUUUUAAUGCAUGAUAAAAAUGCAAUUGCUUAUGCUUCAACAACUUUGAAUGACGCACAAAAGAAUUAUUCCCAAAUAGAAAAAGAAUUGUUGGCAAUCUAUUAUGGUUGUACCAAAUUUCAUAGAUAUAUAUAUGGUUAUAAAACAACUGUCGAGACAGAUCACAAACCAUUAAUUUCUAUCUUUAAAAAACCCCUAUCAAAAGCACCACCACGUCUUCAAAGAAUUUUAUUAAAUUUACAAAUUUAUGAUUUGAAAGUGAUUUACGUGCCAGGUAAAAAUAUGUAUGUUGCAGAUACUUUAUCACGUGCAUGUAAAAAAGAAGAUAGCCAAUUCGAAAAUUUUAAGAAUGAUAUUGAAAUUCACGCAACCCUAGAAGAUGUUUCUCUACAAAUUGUAAAAGAUUAUUGUUUAAAUGGUUGGCCUGAAAGAAGUAGUUUAGCUCAUGUAGAAGCUCAACCAUAUUUUCAUUUUAGGGAUAUAAUUCAUGAAGGUCAUUUUGGUAUAGAAAGGUGUUUAAAUCAGGCUAGAAAUAUUGUUUUUUGGCCUAAUAUGAAAAACGAUAUAAAAAAUGUAGUUUUUUCUUGUAAAUAUUGUCAGAAAUAUCGUCAAUCAAAUGCAAAAGAACCUUUAACAACACAUCCAAAUUCUGAUUUACCAUGGGAAAAAAUAGACAAUGGACCUCCAUUUAAUUCAGUUGAAUUUAAAAAUUUUUUAAAUAAUUGGGAAGUAGAAUGUAUAACGUCUAGUCCUCAUUACCCUAGGUCAAAUGGUUUUGUUGAAAGAAGUAUCAAAACAAUUAAAAAUAUUUUAAUUAAAUGUUCAGAAAGUGGUACAGAUCCAUAUUUAGGACUCCUUCAAUACCGAAAUACAAAAAAGGGUCAAUUUGAGUCUCCUGCACAACUCUUAAUGUCACGAACUUUACGUUCAUUAUUACCAAUAAAAAAUUCAUACUUAAAACCAAAAGUUGUCAAUCUUCUAUAUAAAAAAGAUCCUAGAUCUACAUGGAGCACAGGACAUGUUGUAGACACUCCUAAAGAACCUAAUUCUUUCAUAAUACAGGAUUCAGAAAAUGAAUCACAAUAUAGACGAAACCGUCAACACAUUUUAUUUAAUGAUUCAUUAAAUUCUCAGUCUAUUAAAAAUGAAAAUGAUUCGAUUGAUACUGCCGAGAAUUUUGAGGAAAUUUCUAAUAAUGUUUUAACACCUGGCAACCCUACUAAAGAACAAAUAUCAUCUAAUAAUGAAAAUAAAAUAUAUUAUAAAACUAGAUAUGGUAGAAAAGUAAAGCAAACAAAUAAAUUUGUAUCAAAUUGA